AUGUUAUACGUUGCACAGUUAGAAGAAAAGGAUGCAGAUAUGGUAGGCAGGUUGGUAGAUAGAUGAAACACGAGCAAUGGUAGGAGAACGGUUUUAACAAACGUUCGCAGGGGUGGGGAUUCGAGAGCCGCCGUUACCGCCGCCACCGUCGCUCAGUUCCGAUUUCGCGUCGCGUUCGAGGAUAAGGACCGCGCGGAUCGCACUCUCUUUCGAGUCGUCUAAUCAUCUGGACGCGGUGUGUAGUUCUACGGUUUCACACUUUGUUUUCUUCUUCCUCUUUUUCCUUCUUUUUCCCUUUCUUUUUCCCCCCUUCUGUCGUCAUACUUUCCUCCUUCAACUUUCCUAUCUUCUUAUUCCGCUUCUCAUUCUUUUUUUCGUCGAUACCCACUUUCUCAUUCGAUUCUCUAUCUCUAUUUUCGUUCGGAAUGUAACAUAACGUUCGCUAUUGUGACACAGGUGCAGAUAUCAAAAGUACAAUUAUAGUAUCGCGUAGUUAAGAUAUUUAAAAUUAACGUUAGAAAGAUGUGCGUGUGUUGUAACACGCGUGAAACAAAUAACGAAUCUCUAGAAUAAUAAAAAUCGAUUAAUCAAACAUCGCAUAAUUUGACUUUUAUGUUGCCUGCUGUCCAUAACUCUAUAUCGUCGUGUUAAUUAAAACAAAAGAUGGAGGAUCGGUCGAGGUAUCAUCCGUAGUGAUCGCGCCGAGGUGGGUUCGCGCCAAGAUGGGCAACAAUGGAAGCAGCUCCCGGGAACAACAGGUCGUCGGAUCCGUGUGCUCGAACGGGACGGUGGACGGAGCGAACGGUCAUCACGGAUGGUCCCAAUCGUUCCCUCGAGAGUUGGCGAGACACAGGUCGCAGCCGAGCGCCGCGCGGAAAGUCCUUCCCGAGCCGCCUGGCCAAAGGCUGCGCGCCACCGACAAUGGGAGCAUCAUACACAACGGUGGAACGAUCAGCGGCCGCAGACCGCCGACCUUCGCCUCGUCCCGCGAUCUCGCCAAGCGCAACGAUCAUCAUCCGCCGCCACCGCCGUCGUUCCGAGAGAGGAGCGGUUCCGCCUCGAACCUCGUCCGUCCCUGCUCCAGACGUAUCGACCGUCACUAUUAUCGAUCGAGUCGCGAGCACGCGAGCGACGCGAGCGCUACCACGCUUGAUCCGAAGAAGUUCGGCAGCGAGCCCGAUCUUCGCUCCGCGCCCCUGGACCUCGUCCAUCCCGAGCCAACAAUGGCGGACGCCGUAGAGGCGGAAGCGUCGCGCCACCGCCACCACUACCACCACAAAGACUCGAGGGAACGGCUCGCGGAGAGCGGAUGCUCCAAGGCUAGGAAAAAGUACAAAGCUCCCGCUCCCCCCGCCUCCCCCCGCCUGCGCGCCUCGCCCUCGACCGAAAUCUCCCGCCCCCCGAGCCGAAACCUCGAUCCUCGCCUCUGCACCGCCCCCCACUCUCGAGCCGAGCAUCGACCACUGAACGACACGCAACAAUCGAAUCGGCCCAAAGUCGAACCGCCGCCCCGAAGAUCUCGAUUGUUCAAGACCCGCGCCGAGUCGAAGAGAGCGCAGAUCGGUUGGCAGUUGUCGACCGCCGUCGACACGCGGGAACCGGCGACAACCUCGAUCAACCUCGGCGGCUCGCGUUCCGACAACGAGCUCGCGACCGAGGCGGGCUUGGAGAGUGAUCGCAGCCGUAUCCCGCCCCGACGCACCCGGCUCGCCGAGCAUCAUCACGGGAAGAGCAACACUCUUCAGAGGAGCAUCAGCAAUCCGGAAUUCCAAGCGGAGUUGAUUCGAGUCGCUAAAAAAGUACGCGAUAAGUUGGACUCGAGCGGGUUGAAAUUGACGGACGGGUCGAUACGCGACACCCGAUACGAUCGAAAACUGCCCGCUUCACGGCAGAGCGGUAAUAAUCGGCGUAAACAAGCCGAACGUGGGAAGGAGAAUCGGGAAGGCGGGGAGGAGGGAUGCGCGCAGGGGCCAAGGUCGAGGGAUCGUUUCGCGAGACACGAGAUGGAAUCGCAACGGGAUCAAUUUCGGGACGAGAACUCGGAUUCCGACGGUUCGAAGCUCGCCACGGUCGAUCGAUCGCGAGAACGGACGGGUAACUCCGUUUCGAACGAGCGAUCAGCAGCAGGAGGACAGGACGAGACAUUUGCCCCCAUCACAGCGCAACCCGCAACUCCGAAAACUACUUUCUACUUCGGCAUGAACGAACGUUUCCCGGGCGAAUCCCGCAAUGACGAGGAUCAUCGAGACGCGAUUGCCACGCGAGAAUUCCACACCGUUGGAGUAUCCAAACAUCCGGAUCGGGACCGCGAUCGUGGAGACGGCAGAACUUCCGUGGACGGGAUUCUCGACGACUUGGACGAGGAUAACGAGAAAAACGUCGUGGAAAAUAUUUCGUUGAAGUUGCGGCCAACCCUGCCGAAAAAACAAUUGGAAAUACCGCGAUUCUCGCCAUCCGCUGCCUGGAGAUUGCUCUCCACGUUGGAAACCCCGGGUCCGAGCAUGAGCACUGCCAGCGAAGAAAUGCCGGUGAUGUUCGAGGAACGGAUAGAGCGACUCUCGAGGCCGCCCCCGCUUUUCCCACUCUCGUUGGGAGCGCGAAGUUGGCACGACAAGUCCGGUGAUUCCGGGAUAUCGGGGGACGCCGGGGCCGGUAACGAGGACUCUUUCGACGUGAGUACGAUCAACAGGGCGAAGACCACGGUGACCAGGCCGACUUGGACGCCGCAGCAGGACUUGGGAGAGGAAUCGAGCAGCGACGCAGGCGUCGAUUCCCCCCCUCCCCUAUCCACGCCAAUGAAAUAUCGUUCCCCGCGCGGUCACGUGUUCUCGCUUUCGUUGCCCAGGGACGAGGCGAGAGCCUCGAUGUGCCUCUGCCCGCCGGAGUCCAAGACCAGGGACGCGUUCGCCUUCAAUUCCCUUCAAAAGUUGAAACGAUCCGUGUCCGGCGCGUUCGGGAUCGGGUCGCACGAUCACACCACUCACAGAAAAUACAACAAUAUUCUCGACGACAAUUGGCUCUUGUCCACCAGCGCGCCCACCUCCCUCCAACACCCUCGUCUUCGCCUCGACACCGCUCCCCCAAUCUCUCCCACCGUUUGUCGCCCGUUCUCGCAUCGACGCGUUCCCGCCGCGUGCCCGUGCGACAGCGAGAACGACGACAACGACGGCGACGACGACGACGACGAAGACGACGACGAAGACGAGGACGAAGACGACGACGACGAGGACGAAGACGACGAAGACGAGGAGGACGAUCGCGACGACGAUCACGACGACCAGGACGACGCGCGCGAUCGCGAGUCGUCGAAGAAGAGGCGAGACGACGAAGACGAACGAGCGCGGUCGAACGAGCGCGGCGACAAAGCGAAGGAAAACGAUUUCCCGGUAAUCAUGAAACCUCCGUCGUUCUCGUACUUGACACCCGGCGGCCACGUUAUGUAUCUACCUGAAACGAAUGAAACGGAACAUCGAGUGCAAAAUUUGAACGGUAGAAAGAUCGGGGAAGAAGGUAGCGUAACGAGGCGGAAAUUAAAUAACGGGGAAUCGAUCGAACGGGAGAUUGCCUCUUUCCGAUUGAAGAAUUCGUGCAAGAAUGUUGGUCGAAGCAACAAGAGCGAUAAAGAUGGCGGCGAGGAUGGGAAUGAGAGGGAGGAGCGGGGCGAAGAGGCGAAGAGGCGUAAGGAGAAGCGAAGGGACGAGAUCGAGGAUGCUUCGACGAAUCGACGACGCGACGACAAAAGUUUGAAGAAUCAUCGUGUGGACGAGAACGGUUGCAGGGAACGGAACGAGUUCUCCUCUUGUCCCGAACCAGCGAAACAAAGGAGAACGUUUUCACCGCCAUCUACCAACGAUCCGCCGCAAAUUUCAUGGAUAUGCGACGCGAAUGAAACGAAGUCGCAACGAAAGAGCAAUUCGCGGGGCAAAAGAUUCACGUUUCAGUCGACGGUAAGGCAGAUAGAGAGGCGGCGGUUGGCGGAAAAAUUGUCGAGGGAGGCCGAGGCGAAGGAGCGUCAAAGGAAAGGUGAACUGGAGGCGAUGCGAAAAGUGGAGGAAGAGUUUCAACGGAAACGCGCGAAGGAGAAGGCGAGUAUCAGGCAACAGUUGCGCCUGUUCAAAGAAAUGGAAGAGAAUUUCAAUAGCUUGCCAACGCCGCCGGAUUGGGACGGUUCGCAGUUGUCACGCGCGGAUCCGGACGGUGCACCUUCCUCCACCGCAUCUUCCCCCACUUCGUUGCCGAAUGGGAACCCGCCGAUAAUCACGAGCUCCGUCGGUAAACGCGGUGACACGGAACCGGCCAAGCAACCUCGUCCCGAUUCCAAAGGCUAUCGUCCAAAGUAUUACGAUUGGCCGCCGGAUACCGCCAAUCAUUCGGAUCACAAGCAAACCACCGUUCAUCCCAAGAUCGUUUGCGAUAUUCCCAAAAGCUCGCCCGUUUUCGUUCACGCCACCAAUCUUCAUCCUGGCAAGCCACCUGUCGUGUCCAAUUCCACUCCAAAAUCGGAUAAUUAUAGGAAAGAUUUCGCGCACGGUACGAUGGUAACCAGAACUUCUUUCGCGAGUAGCGAUAGCGAACUUUCGCAACCAAACACGAGGCCGCACUCCAGGGAGAACGGGAUCAAGAUAAAAUCUCAUCGCGAGACAAGCGUGGAACGAAGACGAACAACGAACAAACGUUGAACGAACAGGUCCACCAGUCCUGCACGAAGCGCGGACGUAGCGACAUCUAAGGAAGAUUUGUCCCAGCUGAUCGAACCAACCGAACAUCCGAAGAAUCCUACUGCGCACCAACUUACAUCGAUAAAUGGAUUACAACCGUUCACGAAACGAAAAACGUAUAGGCCAAUUUUUUAUAAUCCUUGCCCAACUCCACCCAUUCCGACCAUGAUUUGGAACAACAAUCGUCUUGGCGCCGCUUAUUACAAUAUCGUUACAUCCGAAUUAUUCGUGCUGGAAGAUACGAUAGACGACUUCGAACGUUUCGACGUGGCGAAAGUGCUGUACAAACAAUGUUUACCACGUUAUUUGGUCGUGAACGCUGCGGCGCCAUCUUCUUUCACGAACGCGAUCAAACAAAUUUUAAUGGCGCAAACAAUGAACGAAGAAUCGAAUUCGUUCGAAAGCGUGCGUAACACCGUGUUGAAAGUGACCUGUAAGAAAGAGCAUAAUUACGAACGAUGCUCCCACAGAGUGAGAUGUCUUCGCAUCGAAUCAGAGCCGAAAAACGCCAACAGUACGGACAGAUUGACUUUCUUAAACAGUAUAUUGAACUUCAAGUGUUGCUCAAUGAUUCACGCUUUGGGUUCGCUCUUGUUAUUCGUCGACAAACAUUGGAAUAAUAUCGCUCUGGAUCCUUCCGGACGAGCGUCCUUCGUAUCUUUGAAUUACAUCAAUCUCCAAGAUAUAGUCACGAUGGACGAAGAUACUUACAAAGCGUUGAACAUCGUUCAAGCGAGGGAUCACCCGAGUCUCUUCAAAUUUGGCGAAACGAUCACAACGAUGAAAGGAAUUAGUCUGUUCUCGCUGCUUAAUCGUUAUUGCAAUUCAAGACCAGGUGUUCAAUUUCUAUGGAAGACAUUGCAUCAUCCGACGAGAAAUAUCGCGAUGCUCGAGCAACGACUAGACGCGAUCGAAUUUUUCCUCGAUCCGAACAAUCAAAGCGUCGUUGAGAAUAUAACCUCUUACUUGCGGCACGUGUAUCGCCUGACCAACACCGUGCUCAUCUGUUGUUCCGGACCUCAAGCAAAGCCGUCCAAUUGGUAUAAAUUGUACAAGACUGUCUCCCACGUAAUUUGUAUAGCAGACAUUUGCGAAGAAUACAAGGAAAGAAUAGAAUUGUUCAAACGGAUCGCCGAGAGUGUGACGACCGAGAUACAAUAUGUCAAAUACUUUAUCGAAUACAUAGUGGAUUUUGGUGAGAGCAGGCGAGAAAGGAGGCUCGUGGUUAAACCGAACGUCGAUCCUUUGUUGGACGAACUGAAUCACGUGCGACGCACUUUGCCCGAACUGCUCACGCGAAUGGCGGAGAAAGAUAUGCAGGAACAUCUUCCACGUUCCGUGACAGGUUGCAAUAUGUUGUAUCUACCAAACAUUGGCUACGUAUUGGCGAUAAACAAAUGGGAUCCAACCCCACCCGAGGACGUUACCUUUCCAAAUUUGGAAUUCAAAUUCAGCAUCAAUCGGGUGCAUUAUUAUAAAACCCCUUCGGCGAAAGAGCUGGAUGAGAGCGUGGGUGACAUUAUAUUGAAGAUAGCUGUCCGGCAAAAUCACAUCGUGCAAAAGUUGAUACGUUACACGAAGAAGCAUAUGGGAACGAUAUUGAAUGCGAUUCAACUCUGUGCCGAGUUGGACACAUUACUGGCGUUCUACAAAGUGGCGCGUGAUUAUAAUUACACCAAACCAAACGUAACAAAGUCGAAGAUCAUAGACGUGGUGGAAGGACGGCAUCCAUUAAUGGAAUGCGCGACCACGUUCGUGCCGAACGAUAUACGUUCCGGGAAUGGCAACAGUUUGAUCAAAGUUAUAACGGGGCCAAAUUCUUGCGGCAAGAGUGUAUAUCUAAAGCAGAUUGGCCUUAUAGUGUUCAUGGCUCAUAUAGGUUCUUAUGUUCCUGCAAGAUCCGCCACGAUAGGCACGAUAUCUCGUAUCUCAACUCAAAUGUCGAAUACGGAAAGUAUCGGGCUGAACGCGAGCUCGUUUCUACAGAAUCUUCGACAGAUCAACGUGGCUCUACACGCAUCCACCUCAGAUUCAAUAGUGAUAACGGACGAACUGGAUAGAGGAACGUCAGAAAUGAGCGGAUUAUCGUUGGUAGCGGCUAUACUAAACACAUUCGCUGAAAGAGAUUCGGAUUGUCCUCACGUAUUUGCCGCGACGCAUGCGUAUGGCGUACUUGCACUACUUCCCCAAAUUUCUUUAAUUGAAAUUCAAACAUUUGAAUACACGAUCGACGAAGAUGAAUCGUUGGCGUUUCUCUACCGAUUGACUAACGGUAGCACAACACGCAGUUUCGCGCAUCAUGUGGCGAGACUCGCGGAAUUGGACGAAGAUAUCGUUAAACGAGGAUUAGAGAUAUUUGAGAAGAUGAAACGACACGAAUUACCAUCCAGUAUAUAUAAUCAUCACGAUAGGUUAAAAAGAAUCGCCGAGCGACUCGAAACAUGGAAAGAUUUGGAAUUGGAUGAAUUGAAAACGUUUGUUCGACAAGCCGUGUUUCCACAAUAAUUGUAUAAUUCGAAGUGAUUAAAGUAUCGAAAGAUCACACAUCGUGUAUAUUACGUUUAUUAUAUAAAACGAUAAAUGACCGAUUCAAAAAAA